AUGAGUGAUACUCAGUCACUUCCCCAGAUUCAGGACGAGCCUACGGAAUUAAGUUUCGUAGGCUCGGACAAUUCGCUCAGCCACUUCGAGGCCUUGUUCACGGUGACAUACUCUCAGGAUGUGGAUCAGAGCCUCAUGGGCUCAUGGCCGCAGGACAUUGUUUCUCUUGGCCCUUUGAUGGAUCAAGAGAAUGUUCUUGGCUUGGCUAUGGACUCCGCACCUCCAGCUGUGGACGACUGCUCCGAGGUUGACUUCGCAGCGCCGAUUAUCGGGAUGGAUUCGCAUCUCAGCAAUGUCGAAGCAGCUCAGUUCAACCUUUCCUCCUCGCCUGUAUCUCUUCUCGAUCUUCCUGAAUCCGCACAUGAGGUGCUUCCAGGAUAUGUAUCGCUCUCCGGCUCCCCAGACCCCACAUCCACUCUGUAG